AUGGUCUACAAUGGCGCUGGUCCUGCACAGUAUCGAAAAAUCCAUGAAAAAUAUGGCCCAAUAGUGAGAGUUGGGCCGAAUGAAGUCUCGGUGGCGGAUCCCACCAUGAUUCCCCGGAUUUACGGUAUAGGGAGCAAAUUCACCAAAACUCCCUUUUACACGUCUAUGGCGCCCAUAUACCAGGGCGAGGUAAUGGAUAGCCUGUUCACGACUCGCGAUCCGGCACAUCACAAAUUCCUGAAGAGCUCCGUGUCCCAGAUCUUUUCAAUGACAAACAUGAAAAACUUUGAAAUCUUUGCAGACGAGUGCACGCGAAUAUUCAUGGACGCGAUGCUGGACCUUGAAGGCGAGCCUCUUGACUUUUCCAAAUGGCUCCAAUGGUAUGCAUUUGAUGUCAUCGGUAGUCUCACUUUCCAGAGACGAUUCGGGUUCUUGGAGCAAAGAACCGAUGUCGAUGGCAUGAUUGGGAAAAUCGACAUUGGGCUACAGUACGUGAAGGUGCUAGGGCAAUUUCCAUCCCUGAUUCCUUUUCUGCAAACUAUUUCGAUGAGCAGACCUAUUCAAAAGUUGAAUAUUUUUCCAGAUACAAUGGAUAAAUUUUUGAAAAUUACCGAGGAAGAAAUCAAAACAUACGAUAACAACAAUGGCACGGAGAAAGCCCAACGGACGGACUUUCUUGCUCAGCUAAGAGCAGUAGAGUCUUCAAGGAAAUUAUCUCAUAGAGAUAUGAUGAAUCACCUUUCCAACAAUCUUUUAGCUGGAAGUGAUACCACGGCAAUCUCCCUGCGUGCAAUGUUUUACUACAUUGUGAAGAAUCCUCGGGUAUAUCGCAAGAUUCAGAGUGAAAUAGACGAGGCCGAUCAAAAGGGUUUGCUGUCCGAAUUUGUUACAUAUGAGGAGUGUCUGAAACUACCAUAUUUGCAGGCAACCAUGAAAGAAGCCAUGAGGCUACACCCUGGGGUCGGCUUCCCUCUCGAGAGAUUUGUGCCUCCAGAGGGCGCUGAAAUUUGUGGCUAUGCAUUACCUGGCGGGACGAAUGUCAGCAUCUCAGCCCCAGUUAUACACGUCCUCAAAGAGAUCUAUGGCGAAGACGCCGAGUCGUUCCGACCUGAGAGAUGGCUCGAGGCAACCCCCGAGGCGCUAAAGGCAAUGGAUCGUGCUUUCCUAGCGUUUGGACAUGGCGCACGAACUUGUAUAGGCAAAAACAUCUCCAUUAUGGAGAUGGGCAAAUUUGUUCCACAGAUGUUUCGCCACUUUAACAUUACAUGGGCUUCACAGCGUCCUGAGUGGGAGACGCACGCAGCUUGGUUUUGGAAACAGUCAGGGCUGAUCCUCCGUCUCGAGAAAAGGAAAUAG